CUUUGGUGCAGGAAGUAGAGUCAUAAUUACAACAAGAAACAAAAGUAUCCUAGAGAGUGGAGAGAAAAUCAUACUUUGUGAACUGAAAGAAAUGAAUUUUGAUCAAGCUCUUCAGCUUUAUAAAAAUCACUCAUUCAAAAGAGAAUCUCCUAGAGACGAUUAUGACAGGCUUUCAAGGGAUAUUGUCUCUACUAUUGGAGGACUUCCUUUGAUUGUUAAGGUCAUAGGUUCAUUUCUUCAUGGGCAGCACAAAACUGUAUGGAAAGAUACACUAGAAAAGUUAAGGAGCAUUGCUCAUGAAGAUGUCCAUUGGAAGUUAAAAAUUAGCUAUGAUGCCUUAAAGUUCCGGCAGAAGCAGAUUUUUCUUGAUAUUGCAUGUUUUUCCUUCCAUGAGGAGGAGAUUAAUGCAUCUCACAUGUGGAAAGAUUGCAAAUUUUUUCCACAAAUAGAAAUUGAAGUCCUCAGUUCUCUGUCAUUGAUAAAUAUUGGAGACAAUGGCGGGUUAUGGAUGCAUGACUUGCUAAAAGACCUAGGGCGCCAAAUUGUCCAUGAGGAAGACCUGGAUCCGGGAAAGCGUAGCAGAUUGUGGAUUCUUGAGGAAGCUGUGGACAUGGCAAAAAAAAAGGAGAAUAAAGAAAAUAUCGAAGCACUUAGUCUAGCUGGAGAUCCUACUCUGCUCAUCUUUACUGAUGAAGAUUUUGCAAGGCUGCCAAAUUUAAGAUUCCUUGAAUUAGAUGGGGGGAGCUUUAUCGGGGACUUUACCAAUCUCUUUUCCAAGUUAAGAUGGUUUUCUUGGUGCCAUUGUCCUCCAGAUUUAAUUGCAACUAAUUUGUUCCCAAAAAACUUGGUUGUCCUCCAACUCUCUGAAUUCAGCGACGCCAAUGAUUGGGAGGGGUGGAGCCAAAUUAAGAUGUUACACAAUUUGAAAGUUCUACAACUGACGCGUCUAAAUAUGGUCAGAAUCAGCUUGUCUGGGUGCUUUACUCUGGAAAGAUUGAUCAUUAAAGAAUGUCGACACUUGGUUCAAAUUGAUCGAUCCAUUGGUGAACUAAAACGACUGGCUUACUUGAAUAUUGAGGGUUGCGACCAACUGAAAGAUCUGCCUGGCGAAAUUGGCCUGCUAGUGAAGCUAAAGCACUUAUCGUUGAGUAACUGCUUAAAGUUAAGGGAACUCCCAGACUCAAUGGGAAAGCUAAAUUCGCUGACCAAGUUGGAUCUAUCAUACACAUCGAUUGCAGAAAUACCAUAUUCUGUUGGAUAUCUUGUGAAUCUCAAGUCUUUAUCUCUUGCAGGAUGCAGAGAGAUGAGGGAACUUCCGUAUUCUACUGGAAACCUAGAGUCUCUAAUUGAAUUGGAUCUAUCAUUCACAUCAAUUAAACAAUUACCUUAUCCUAUUGGAAAUCUAGAGACUUCGAAAGUGAUAAAGGUGGAAGUUUGCCGGGCAACAGAGUUUCCUUCAGCCAUUGGGUUGGUGAUGAAGCUUGAAGUGAUACGUCUUAGAGGAUGUUCCACUAUGAUGGGCGAGGUUUCAAGUGAAAUUGGGAAGUUCUCCUUUUUGAGAAUCCUAGAUCUGUCGUACACUCAAAUUCGUCAAGUGCCAGAAACAAUUGGUGCGCUCUGUCACCUAGAAGAACUGAUCCUCAGGUAUUGUAAUGAGCUGCAAGUGUUGCCGUCACUUCCCGCAAGUUUGACUCAUCUACUUGUUAGUUCUCUGGCGUUGCAGUCUAUUCCAGAUCUCUCAAACCUGACUAAUCUAGUUGUUCUUCUCUUAUCGGAUGGCCAUGACAGUCUAUUGUCGCCUUCAUCGAGUCUAAUCAAAACCUUUAACUUAGAGUGGAUUGGGAAGUUAUCCAAGUUGGGAAAUUUGGAACUGUGCCUUUUAAACUUUACGGUGUCACCGACUACAUUGGGUUCCCUUUCUUGUUUAAGGAAACUUUACACGUCAGGCCACCCAUACCCAGAAUUUUUCAUGCAGCCCCCUCAAUCAGCAAUGCAGGGAAAUCUCAGCUUAAUAGCAACUUCACCAGGUUUAUCCCACUUGAGAAAUCUAAUAAUUUUGAAGCUCUGUCACUCUUGGGAAGAGGAAAUACAACUCGGCGGGCUAGUGCAGUUGAGACAUUUAACCAUCCGCAUUUUUUCAGUCCUUAAAAGAAUCAUAUUCUUGCUGUCAGGCCUAAAGAAACUAAAAGAAUUGGAACUACGUGACUGCCCGAUGUUGAGAGAGAUUCAUGGGCUUGGGGCAUUGGAAACAUUGGAGAACCUGAAGGUCGAUUCCUGUACGUCAAUUUGUAGGUUAAGUGAUCUGUCGAGAUUGCAGAAGUUGAUGGAAUUGAGAAUCAUAGGUUGCGAUAACCUACGGGUUUGUGAAGGCCUUGACGAGUUAGGAUGUUUGAGUCUCUUUAAAGUGAUUUCAUGCCGCUCCUUGGAAUUUUGGACAAAUGCAUCAGACACAAUGAUACCGGAUGAAUGCCGAGUUGUAAUUACAAAUUGUCCGAAACUAGACAAAACUCCUUGGGGUGGUGAACCCAUGUUUUACAAGGAUUAUAGAGAUAACAUUCUUGGACGGAUGAAGUCCGAUUCAGAUAUGCCCACAUUCAACAGGGUGGACAAGGUGGCCAAAACGGAAGAGAAAAGACAAGUUGCCAGUAUCGCAAAACAUAUUGUAACUGAUGAUCAAGUAAACCACAUCUUGAGCUUGAUGAAUAUUAAUGAUAAGGACAAGCGGAUCAUUGUCGUCAUCCACGGAGAAGGUGGGAUUGGCAAGACGACUCUUGCAAAACUCGUAUACAACCAAGUCUCUUGUGAUUUCGAUGGUUGUAGCUUCCUCACAGAUAUUAAAGAAACAACUCAAGUGUCAGCAGGGCUUCAGCCUUUGCAAACUAAGUUAAUUUCUGAUAUUCUAAAAGGGGAACUUGAGGAUGUAGCUUUUGUCAACAGGGGAAUUGAGGCUUUCAGGGACUUAUUUUGCGACAUGAGAGUUUUGAUUAUCCUUGAUGAUGUGGAAAAUGCGUUUAAUGUCCAGAAACUCAUUGGAGAUUGCUUUGAUUGCUUUGCUUCUGGAAGUAGGAUCCUUGUAACCACCAGAAACAGUGUCGUCCUCGAAGACUCUCCUCAGAUCCGGACUUAUCAUGUUAGUCGGUUGGAUUAUGAUCAGGCUCUUCAACUCUUUAGGCAGCAUGCAUCUAUACCAACUUCUUCCUCACAUAGCAACUUCAGGCUUUCGUACAGUGCUCUUUAUACUAUGGCAGGACUCCCAUUAUUCAUUGAAGUUAUGGCUGCAUUCUUCAAUGGUAAAACGCGGAAGGAAUGGAAUAAAUUAGCAAAUCUGUUAUUCCAGUGUAGGGAUUUUCAGAGUACUUUUGAGGGAGGAUUAGAUUAUGAGCAGAAACAGAGAUUUCUGGAUAUUGCCUGCUUUACCACUGGCAUAGAUAGUCGAAUUGCUUUGUAUCUAUGGUAUGACUUCCCUUGUCUGCCUUUUAGUAAAAUUUCGACUCCCCUAGCCAAAAUUGGAGAAAACAAUCAGAUACGGAUGCAUGGCAUGUUGCGGCGACUUGGCAGAGAAAUCGUUCGUGGGGAGAAUCUUACAGAUCCAGGAAGGCGGAGUAGAUUAUUUAAUCAUGAAAUAGCUCUUGACACGAUAAAGCGGAAAAAGGGAACAGAAAAGGUUGAGGCACUCUGCCUUAACUUUCAGUGGCAUACUUCAGUCAAACUUACACCAGAAGAUUUUGAGAGCAUGCCAAACCUACGGUAUCUUCAGUUGGAUCAUGCAGACAUUGCUGGAGAUUUCGCCAACCUUUUUCCAAAAUUAAGGUGGUUCCGUUGGCGAGGGUGCCCUCGACAACUGCAAGUAACUAGUUUUCACAUGGGAAACUUAACCAUUCUUGACCUGUCAUGGAGCAAAGUCACAAAAGACUGGGAAGGCUGGGGUCAAAUCAAGAUGUUGAACUUGAGAGUUCUAGAUCUUACAGGUUGUGCUGACUUAAUAGUCACUCCUACGUUCUCUGGCUGCCAAAAUCUAACCAUAUUGAUUCUGGAGCAAUGUUCACAAUUGGUCAAGAUAGAUCAUUCGAUCGGUGAUUUACAGCACUUGGUUACCCUGAAUUUGAAGUACUGCACAGAGCUCAGCAUGUUGCCGAUAGAAGUGGGUCACCUGAUAGCUCUAAAAGAGCUUCUCAUGGACGGGACUUCAGUACAAGAAAUUCCCAUCUGCAUUGGUCAUUUAAAGUGGCUUGAAACUCUGAGUGCCUCGAACUGCUUCUCAUUGAGUCAGCUACCGAGAACGAUAUGUCACCUGACGAAAAUGUCACUUCUUUCCCUGGAUGGCACCAAUAUCACAGCACUUCCCGACUCCGUUGGAAAACUGGUUAGACUUAAACACUUGUCAUUGAGGGAUUGCCGUCCAAUAAGAAAACUUCCAAACUCCAUUGGCAACAUAGGGAGAUCCUUAGUUGAGUUAGAUGUGUCCGGGACAGGCGUUUUCAAGUUUCCAGAUUCGCUAAAAAAUCUGCAGAAUUUGAAAGUGCUGAGAAUGGAUUCUUGUUUCUUUAGAGAGUUCCCUAUUGAUAUUGGAGAGCUGACCAGCCUCGAAGAAAUACACGCCUCCUGGUGUCAGAGUCUUGAGGGCGGCAUUCCAAGCGAGAUUGGGAAACUGCAUAAUCUUAGAAUCUUGAGGCUGCGACAUUCGACUAUUUCCAGCAUACCGGCGGAGAUCCAUCGACUUUCCAAUCUUCGAACCCUUGAUUUACUUCACUGCGACAUGAUCAAAGAGUUGCCAAGGCUUCCCUCUAGCAUUAUGGUUUUGCAUGUAGAUGAGGAGCUGAAGUCGUUGCGUCUGCCAUAGCCAGGAAAGCUAUGCCACUGUGAUGAAGAGUAGGUUCCAAAGACCAUGGAGAAA